AUGAAUACAUCAAAGAUAAAAAUCCCGUUUAAAUUACGAUUCAUGAGUGCAUUGCGAGUUAUGCUAGACUCCUUUACAAUCGUUUUCUUUAAGUUACGCUAUUGGAGAAGAGGGAAGAAGAUGCCACCGAUUACAGAUGAUAUUUUGAGACAACCGGCUGUGGAAGUCGCAAGGAAAAUAAGAAACAAAGAGAUAACUAGUGUUGAGGUAGUUGACGCUUGUAUUCGAAGAAUAAAAGCCAUAAACCCAAUAGUUAACUGUUUGGUGGCAGAUCGGUUUGAAUUAGCUUUACAAGAAGCAAGAAAAGCCGACGAAAUUUUACAAAGUGGCUCUAAAACUGUUGAUCAGCUGAUGCAAGAAACUCCAUUUUUGGGGGUCCCAUUCACAGCGAAAGAUAGCAUUUCCGUAAAAGGUCUUCCUCAAACCGCAGGAAUUUUUAUAAGAAAGUGCUGUUUAGCAGAAGAAGAUGCUAAAGUAAUUGCAUUGUUACGAGAAAAUGGUGCCAUUAUUAUUGGAGUAACCAAUGUUCCAGAACUUUGCAUGUGGUGGGAAAGUUACAACAAAUUAUAUGGCAGAACUAGUAAUCCUUACAAUACUACCAGAAUUGUAGGCGGAUCGUCAGGCGGUGAAGGAUGUAUUCAAGCCGCAGCCGGUAGUUGCUUUGGAAUUGGUUCCGACAUUGGUGGGUCUAUUCGUAUGCCGGCUUAUUUCAAUGGAGUAUUUGGACACAAGCCAUCAAAAAAAGUAGUUUCUAAUCAUGGGCAAUAUCCUAUUGCCGAAACGAAUAUGGUAGAUGAACUUUUAUGCAUAGGACCUCUAACAAAAUUCGCCGUUGAUUUAAAACAUAUUCUCAAGGUAAUAGGUGGAGAAAAUAGCAAGAAACUUAAAUUAGACGAACCUGUCGAUAUAGGAAAAAUUAAAGUAUUCUACCAAUACAGUAACAAUGCUCCCAUUACAAGCAAAGUAGAUCCAGAAAUUAAAUCAGCAAUAGAUAAAAUAAUAAAGUACUUUGCUACUAAAUACAAAAUUGUAAGUGAGCAGAAAAAUAUUGAAGAGCUAAAAGUAUCUGCUGGAAUUUGGUUCUCUGAUUUAGCAUCAAGUGCAUCUUCCGAGGUCCCAAUGGGGGAUUAUUUAAUGAAAAAUUACAGCUACAGCGCAAACAUCCGUGAAAUAAUGAAAAGUUUAGUGGGAUUGUCAAAAAACACUUUAGUUGUGCUAUUAGCAGCGCUGGCUGUUACUAAACCUGAUAAAACGAAAAGUGAAGAUGCUAAAUAUUAUAAGGUUUUUGGUGAUAAUUUAAAAGAAAUUUUCAAAGAAAUGUUAGGUGAUAAUGGUAUAUUUAUUUUUCCCGUGCACCCAACACCUGCACCAUACCAUAACCAAACCAUAUUAAGGCCUAUGAACUUUAUGUAUACAGCGAUAAUAAACAGUCUGGGUUUGCCCGCAACAAGUGUUCCUAUGGGAUUAAGCAGUGAUGGUGUUCCUAUUGGAAUACAAGUUAUAGCGAAUCUUGAUAAUGAUAGGCUGUGUUUAGCUGUUGCUGAGGACUUAGAAAAAGAAUUUGGUGGGUGGAUAGAAUCAUAA